GGGAGUGGUCUCCUGCAGGUCACGUGACGCAGGCCUUUGUUAAUGUGUGAUUCCGUGGAGAAAGACCAGGAGGACAAAAAAAGUCGCGACCGAUCGAGCCGCCGAACCACCCUCAUCCGUCCACGCUCCACCCUCUCUGCGCCCCGGCCUGGAUGCUGCUCAGAGGCCGCUGGCACUUCUACCUGGAUUCGUGUGUCCGCGGCUCUCCCCGCCGGUUUGAGUGCGAGGCAGCGGGGCUGGGGGAUGGAGGCAGAGUCCGGGCUGUAGGGGUGGAGGAGGUGUGGGGGUCGGCUGUGAAGCCCCGGGCCCUGCUCGGCUUUGUUAUCCCGGGAUCGAGCUGCAGCCCUGCUCCGUAUUUCUGAGAGCCGAGGUGAGGAGCACAUGGACGGAAUCUGUGAGCUGUGCGUGGAUCAGAACCCGCUGCGUGGAUUUGUGCUGUGAGGACUUAGUGAAGGAGGACCCAGAAAAACACGACAGAUUCUUUUACUCCAGUUUGUGUCUCUUUGUGUUCAUCCACCUCCCUGCGCACACCAGCCUCCCCCGUUAUCCCCCCCCCCCCCCCCGGCCUCCAUCAUGGCUCCAGAGCUCCGGGUCUCCUGCUUCUGCUGCCUGCUGGUGCUGCUGGUUCUCCCCGCCGUCCGGAGCUCGUUCCACCGCAGCGGUGUGGACUGCGGGCCCGGGAGGGCCGAAGACUGCCCAGAUUUGUCAGAGAAGAAAAGCGACCUGCGCGUGUGCGACACCGGGACGUGUCGCUUUGGAGGAACCUGCCGCGAGAAUGGCGCCGACAUCAAGUGUGUCUGUCAGUUCCACUGCAAUAAGAAGUACGUCCCCGUGUGCGGCUCCAACGGAGACACGUACCAGAACGAGUGUUUCCUGAGGAGAGCGGCGUGCAAGAAACAAAGAGCCAUCAACAUCAUGUCAGAGGGGCCCUGUUACCACGAUAAAAACAGGAAAGACGACAGCAUCAAAACCAAGACAGAAAUCUACGCUGUCCCCAAGCCUGGUGAGGGGGAGGGGUUUGAGGACAGCCCCGCCCCCUGUCCAGAGGACUACUCCCAGUUCUGCGAACACGGUAUCUGUGAGAUGAGACAGAACCUGCCCACCUGCAGGCGGUGCAACAAGACGAAGCGUGGUCGGAGGCAGAAGCAGCAUCUCGGGCACUUCCCGUCAGGAACGUCGUCCCGGAUGAUGUAGCUGCUCUUUCUUUUUUCAAUGAUUUUUUUAAUUUUCCAUCUUGUUUUUUAUAAAAUUCGACCUUUCGUACCACAGACUGCAUUUUUGAUAUCUCGACUUUUUGGUGCCUCUUCUUAUUUUCCCUCGUUUUUUGGAAUAACCCGACAUUACUGAGGGGCCUUAUUUUCCACCUUUCAUUCCUUUGGCUUCCCGUCUGCAGGUGGUUUUCAGUUUGUGGAGACGUGGCCGUGCUGCUGGCGUCCUCUCAGACUCUGAAACACUGUGGAAACUUUAUUUCUCUGAUUGUCUCGUCGCUCCGGACGUCCACACCGCAAACAGUGACGAUUGUCUCAGUUUUCGCCCGGUGAGACGCACAGCAGGAGCGCCUCCUUUUUAGUUU